AUGCAUUUCCCCGUCUGGAUUGACCUCAAAGGCCAGGACACUGUUCCGGAGACUGUGCACCACGUAAUGUGUCUGGUGAAUCCCUACCAAGACCUCUCCUGGAAGGAUCUCAUGCAGGCCAAGGAUCAUAUUCACACCGAUGGUGUCCACCUGAAGGACAAACUGAAUGUGAACUAUGAAACUCCGGGUAAGGUGGUUUUAUAG